AUGAGUCCUUCGCUCUCCGAAUCCAUGAGAGGUGCCGUAAUGCGACGACCGGCCUCUGUUCUCACCAACAAGGUGGCCGCACCGGUGCACGAUGUUGACCAUCCCGGCGCCCUCUCAGUCGAGCGUAUCGACGACUGGCACGAAGACCUCGAGCGCGACGAGAAGUACAAGCUCGCACGGACGAUCCUCUGCCGCACCAACAUGAAGAUCGUCUUGGAGUCGCGCCAGCAGAACAUCCUCGACCAAAUGCUUUUCAACAACAAGAUCGAGCCCGAGGGCGAGCCAGUCGCGAAUCAGCUCGCUUCCGGUCGCUGCUGGCUCUUCGCGCUCUGCAACGUCGUCCGCAUCUUCACGUCGCGCAAGUUCAACCUCGGCGAGUUCCAACUUUCGCAGAGCUAUCUGUACUUCUACGACCACCUCUCAAAGGCGAACUGGUUCCUUGAGCAGAUGAUCGAGCUGUACCACGAGGACCUGAACUCGCGGACAAUGCAGUUCUUGCUGACGAAUGCGCCUGCGCAAGAUGGCGGCCAAUGGGACAUGGCGGUCGCGCUCGUCCUCGAGUAUGGCCUCGUCCCGCAGACCGUCUACCCCGAGAGCUGGAACACCUCGCACUCCGACGCGCUCGACGGCCUCCUCACCUCGAAGCUGCGUGAGAUGGCGCUCGACUUGCAGGUCUUCAUGCGGGACAAGGAGAAGGGGUUAUCGCAGAGCGCGCUCGUGCGGGCGGCGAGGCAGGUCAAGGCCGGUAUGAUGAAGGAGAUCUACCGGAUCUUGACGAUCUGCUGCGGUACGCCGCCCAAGCCUGACCAGGAGUUCACGUGGGAGUUCGCGGACAAGGACAAGAAGGCGCACAAGAUUGUCACGACGCCGCGUGAAUUCGCUCGCGUCCAUGCCGGCUACAACGUCGGCAGCACCGUCUCCAUCCUAAACGACCCGCGCAACCCGACGAAGCAGACCUACACGAUCGAGCGGCUCGGGAAUGUUGUCGGAGGCCGGCCGCUGCGAUACCUUAACAUGCCUAUCGAGUUCCUCAAGAAAGUCGCUAUCAAGAUGAUCCAGAGCAACUUCCCCGUCUGGUUCGGCUGCGACGUCGACAAGUCUUCGGACACGUUCAACGGCGUCAUGGACAUGCGGCUGUUCGAGUACGACGAGGCAUUCGGCACGACCGUCAAGAUGGACAAGAAGGAGCGGCUGAUGAUCUACGAGUCGUCCAUGACACACGCCAUGAUGUUCACGGCCGUCCACCUCGACGACCACGGCAACCCCGUCCGCUGGCGCGUCGAGAACUCCUGGGGCAAGGACGCAUGCAACAAGGGCUUCCUCGUCAUGACCGACGACUGGUUCAGCAACUACGUCUACCAGAUCGUCGCGCCCCGCUCGUUCCUUUCGCACGAGCUCCUCGACAUCUACGACGAUGCACCCGUCACCGUCCUGCCGCCGUGGGACGUCCUCGGUGCUUGCGCCUAG